AGAAAGGUCUUCCUUUUCCAUUGGUUCACCCCCCCAAUUGCCACUGCGGCCAGCGCACUGCACUGAUCUGAAGCCAGGAGCCAGGUGCUUCUCCUGUCUCCCAUGUGGGUGCAGGGCCAAAGCACCUGGGCCAUCUUCCACUGCCUUCCUGGGCCACAGCAGAGAGCUGGCCUGGAAGAGGAGCAACCAGGACAGAAUCCGGCACCUCGACCGGGACUAGAACCCAGGGUGCCAGUGCCACAGGCAGAGGAUUAGCCUAUUGAGCCGUGGUGCCGGCCUUUAUAGGGUCUAUUUCUAAUGUCAGUUUUCCCCUUGGGUUUUGAUUAUUUAUUGUUUCUUUGAUGUGUGCUUAUUUUUUACUGCGUGCCAGAAAUUGAAUGUGAAAAAUAGAACUCACACAUGAGUGGCAGGGACCCGACUACUUCAGCCUUCGCUGCUGCCUUCCACAGUGCAUAUUGGUAGGAAAUCGGAAUUAAGGAGUAGAACCAGGACUCCAGCCAGGCACUCUAGUAUGGGAUGUGGAUGUGCCCAACAUUUUAUUUUUUAAAGAUUUAUUUAUUUCAUUUGAAAGGCAGAGUUACAGAGAGGAAGGGAGGGAGAGACAGACAAAAGAGAGAGAUCUUCAUCCACUUGUUCACUCCCCAAAUGGCCUCAGUGGUCAUCAGGGCCAGGCUGAAGGCAGGAGCUUCUUUCGGGUUUCCAUGUGAGUGGAGAGGCCCAAGCACUUGGGCUAUUUUCCUCUGCCCUCCCAGGUGCAUUAACAGGGUGCUGGAUUGGAAGUGGAGCUGCUGGCACACUAACUGGUACCCAUAUGGGAUGCUGGUGCUGCAGGUGGCAGCUUGACUGCUAUGCCACAGCACUGGCCCCCAACAGUGUUUUUUUUUUUUUUUUUUUAUUUCCCUCACCAGCAGUAUCUUUACAGCUGUGUCAAAUACCUACCCCAUAUGUGAUUUUUUUUAAUAUAGAUUGCACGAAGAAUAAACAGGCAUGGGAAGGAACUGAAAAUUACCAGUUAAUAGCAUCAUCCUGGGUUCUAGGUUUCAUAUAACAGAAACUGAGGCAAAUAAGGAAAUGAAGGCCUUAAAGGGUGUGGAGGGAGAUGACUGAAAGGCUGGGAGGUAGAAGUCAAAUCAGAGGUUGUUAGACCUAAGGUUAGAAUAAAAACACAGGAAGCAGAUGCUUUGUUGGAAAAUAACUGGGGUAUGUAUGACUUGAGUAUUGAAUAGGAAUUAGGAUUGAAAAGUCUAUGUAAGGAGAGGGCCUUGUGCUUAAGCUGGCCUUGAGAUGCUCACAUCCCAAAUCAGAGUGGCGGUUUGAGUCCAGGCUCCUCUGUUCUGGAGCCAGCUUCCUGCUAGCGUGCCUGGGGGGCAGCAGAUGAUGGCUCAAGCACUUGAGUGCCUGCCACCCAUUUGAGAGACCCAAAUAGAAUUCUGGCUCUUGGCUUUGGUCCUGCCCAGCCCCAGAUGUUUGGCUAUUUGGGAAGUGUUUGGAAGCUGUUUCUGCAUCUCCCACUCUCUGUCACCCUGCCUUUCAAAUAAAUCAUUUAUUUUUAUUUUUUAAAAAAGUUUCAUAAAGUUACAUAAUGUUUCAAUAUGUGUGUGGAAGUUGGUUAAGUUAUUUUUAAUUUUUUAAAAUGUGUUUCUUUUAUGAAUUUGAGUAAUAGAAAGAAAGAGAGAGACCUUCCAUCCUCUUGUUUACUUCCUGGGAAACUGGGAGCUGGGAACUACAGCUCCUGUGUGGGUGCAGGGACCUGCCUACUUCAGCUAUCCCCCGUGCCCCUGUCCCUCAGUGUGUGGGUGCAGGGACCUGCCUACUUCAGCUGUCCCCCGUGCCCCCAUCCCUAGUGUGUGGGUGCAGGAAGCUGGAAUCAGGAGCACAGCUGGGGCUCCAGCCCAGGCACUCUCUCCGUAUGGAGUGGAGUGUCCUGACCGCUAGGCCUAUGGCUGCCUCGAUGUGUGAAGGAGGUGACCAUUUAGUAAAUGGUGAAGAGCACCAAAGGAAUUUUAGGCCACACUGUACUUUCUCUCUUCUUUUGUCUUUUGUAUUUCCCUUGAAGUUAUUUUUAGUCUUAACGGUCCAGAAAUGUUAAGCAAGGUCAAGGGUGAGGUGGAGAGCAGAAGCCACCACCCAGCUUUGCUGCAAGCUCCACAGACCCUGGAUGGAUCCGUGAGUAGCGCAGGCAGCAUUCUUGAGUCCAACAGCCUGGAUGGAUCCGUGACUAGCGCAGGCAGCAUUCUUGAGUCCAACAGCGUUCUCAGAGCCUUGGAGAUAAAGAUCUAAUGGAAUGUAUGGAAUAUUUCAAAAUGAAAAGGCAAAAUUUGGUUUCAGUAACAUUACCGGAAUUGAUUACUCUCCUUCAGCAAUUCAGCUUUCUGAAAGGAUCCUAGAGAAAGAAGGGUUAUCUAACAUUAAAUUGAAGGUAGAAGACUUUUUGAAUCUUUCCACAAAGCUCUCUGGAUUUCAAAUUUGUAUUGACAAAGGGACUUUUGAUGCCAUAAGCCUUAAUCCUGACAAUGCAAUUGAGAAGAGGAAGCAAUAUGUGAAAUCUCUCUCCAGGGUGUUGAAAGUAAAAGGCUUUUUUCUAAUAACCUCAUGUAAUUGGACCAAGGAAGAGUUGCUAAAUGAAUUCAGUGAAGGAUUUGAACUUUUUGAAGAGCUGCCAACACCCAUGUUCAGCUUUGGUGGCAAAUCUGGAAACAGUGUAGCAGCAUUGGUUUUCCAAAAAUCCUGAGACUUUUCCACGAACAGAUUCAGGUAGCUUUUUAAGAAGCUACACAGCAAAGCAAACCUGAUGCAGAGCAUGAAAGUAUAAAUAAAGGCUUAGUAAGUACCAGUGAUGCACAUGUUGAGUAGAUACAAUCAGUUGGUUAAAAAAUAAAAUCCAUGAUCAUGUAAGUGAUUGGUCUUUAGAGAUCAAGAAUAGUUUUUAAUUUUCUUUUGUAUUUGUAAAUAUUUUACCUGAUAAAAAAAUUUUCUGUAAUUGCUAAAGUUUAAAACUUUAAAAUAGUAAAUGAAUUUACAAAAAGCAUGUAUUCUUGAUUUUUAUGCUUUGGUAAAAUUGAAUUGACUGUGGUUAGCUAUGAAGAUUUGAUCAAACUAUUUCAGAAACAGAAUAAUAAGUGAAACAACUUUUUUGGUAUUUUACUUGAAUGUUUAUGAAACAUAAUAAGAAAUAGUAUUUUGUAUUGAAUAGAGAUUGUUUUUAAAAUUACUUAAUAGCUGGGAAAACCCCCUGGUCUUCAUCUAUAUAAUCCAACAAAAUCAGAGCAGUAUAUUGAUUGAUAAAGAAUUAUUUAUUGAGCCUGUAUUUUCUAACUGAUGAGUCUUCUACACGCUGAUGGAUAAGCAGGUAAGAGGAAAGAAGAGGACUUAGGGAUAUUAUUUGCUAGCACUAUGUUAUAUGAAAGGACGUCACCAAGUUUGUGAAAAAAUGGAACAAAAAGAUUUGUGAAAAAAAUUUUUUUAAGAUUUAUUUAUUUGAAAGGGUGAGUUAGAUAUAGAGAGAUCUCCCAUCUGCUGGUUCACUCCCCAAAUGGCUGCCUCUGCUGGAUCUGGGCUUGUCAGAAGCCAGGAGCUUCUUCCCUGUCUCCCACGUGAGUGCUGGGGCCCAAGCACUUCAGCCCUCUUCCACUGCUUUCCCAGGGACAUUAAUGCAGAGUUGGAUCUGGAGUGGAGCUGCCAGGACUCGAAUCCUUAUCCAUCUGGGGUGGUGGUGCUGCAGACUGCGGCUUUACCCGCUAUACCACCGUGCCAGCCCCAGUGCAAAAAUUUUGAAAUCCACACAUAGGUUUUUUUUUUUUUUUUUUUUUUGACAGGCAGAGUGGAUAGUGAGAGACAGAGAGAAAAGUCUUCCUUUUGCCAUUGGUUCACCCUCCAAUGGCCGCCACGGCUGGCGCGCUGCAGCCAGCGCACCACGCUGAUCCGAUGGCAGGAGCCAGGUGCUUCUCCUGGUCUCCCAUGGGGUGCAGGGCCCGAGGACUUGGGCCAUCCUCCACUGCACUCCUGGGCCACAGCAGAGAGCUGGCCUGGAAGAGGGGCAACCGGGACAGAAUCCGGCGCCCCGACCGGGACUAGAACCCAGUGUGCCAGUGCCGCUAGGUGGAGGAUUAGCCUAUUGAGCCGCGGCGCUGGCCAACAUAGGGUUUUCCAUAAUAUGCAUUUUCCACAAACUUUUUUUGAAGACUCCUUGUAAUUAUUAACUUGUUGAAACUUACCUGAAUGGUCUUUUUAAAUACUUUCUUAAGUUAUUGUUAUUUUGUAGUAUCUACAUGAUGUAUGUAUUGCUUAUUCUUGCUUAUAUGUGUAAGAAAACUGCAGUUGAGAGUCGUUCUGUGAGGUCGAAGGACAAGUAUAGGCUGGAGCCAAGGUUCCUAACUGGGUGGGUCUGGCUUUCAUGUGUUCUGCCUCCCAGCUGCUGAAUCUCUGCCUUUGUAGCUUGUCCAGUUCAAUUGAGAGCUAGGACUGAUAAAGUGUGUAUGAAAAUUCAGUGAGAAAUGUUGGGCAAUUACUUCUAACAGCUCUGUCGCUCCUGGUUGGUGUCGAUCACCGACAACUGGUUAUAGGGUUGUUCUGUGGACUCUCGAGCUCUUAAGCUUGCCUCUCUCAGAACUGAGUUUGUCAUCUUCUGUGCAAGGGUGUCAGUAUAAGUUAUGCAAAUCUCAGAGAUAUAAGGACAAAAGAUGGUGUAGAUAGCAAGGAAAACAGUUUAUGUGUUAAUGUUUUUGAAGAGAUAGGGUAUAUUACAAUACUUAAGGCCACUUUGUAUUAAUAUGGGUUUUUAAAAUGUUAUCUAGGUGUUUGAUUUGCAGCUUUGGGGACCCAUUGAGUUACAAAUAUAGCAAUUUUUGUUUAUUUGGCAAAUGUUGCUCCAGUAUUAAGUCUAGUUUGACAUCCCCUUUUUUCCUUUUUAGGGAUUGUGGUGAGGGAGGGGUGAGUCUUUGAUGUAGAUCAGCAUUAGUCAUUAAGAUCACUGUAUGCCUUCCACAAGGUAGCUGAAGAUGUUUACAUGGACUUUGAACAAAAAUCAUAUUUUCUGAAUAAGUCUUGUUUUCAACAUGUAAAAAGUGGGAAAUUAUUUCAGAAUAUGUACAAUUUAAACUUUAAAAAUAUAUUAUGUUGUUUUUUCAAGAUGAGGAAUCUUAAGCCAAAGAAGCAUGCAGUUUUAUAAUUUCUUGAGGAGAUCUGGUCUUGCUGCUGGUUUAACAUUAGCAGUCUUUCAUGUCCAAUGUAAUAAUAGAUAAGUAGUCUUUCAGAAUUUGGAGUGUGAACUGUAUGCGAUUUUAAAGCAUGAAUCCAACAACAUGGGCUUUGUGUGUGACUGGACAACAGCAUUUUCAGUUCGCAGGAAGCUUGGAGUGAGUCUUUGUUGGGCAGCUCCUUGAGUUCCAUGUGGGGUUUGUUCCAUUUGCAGAGGGAAAGGCAUUUUGUUUUUAUCUCCGAGCUGUUGAUAAGGUCAGCCCCUUAUCACUUUAAUCCUGCUGAAGCCAGCCUCUUGGGGACUGACAUCCGAACAAAUGAAAGGUCCAGAAAUGCUAACAAGAAAUUAAUUUCAAAUAAUAUCAAACUGUUAAAAAACCAGGCCAGUGAAUGUCCCCAGGUUACUGAGACAAAUUUUAAAUACAUUAUUAUUAAACUCGGUAUUGUUAAAUCAUAAUUAUAUAGUAAGUUAUGUAGUAAAUGCUGUUUUCUGUGGAUAAAAAGUUGGAAUUGUAGUUUUAUUUAAUCAAAAGACACUUAUUUUGAGGAAACUUGUUUGAAAUGCAAACGAGAUUUCUCAGUGGAGCCUGCACAGAAUUGUUGCUUUUCAUUAUGAUGUUAUUGCUGCAUAACAGGCCACUUGUGUGUGCAGGAAGUGCGUAUGCAAGUCCAAAGGGAAUUGAGGCCUGAAUGGGCGGUUACACCAAUUAACAAAUAGAAGGUUUUCAGAACAUUUUGUUUUAAGCCAGGUGCACAGUUAGAGUUGCUUUUUGGGACUGGCAUUUAUGUGUGAGAAUCAAACCUGACACCACUCUUGGCAGCUUGACUAAAGCAUUUUAAAGUCAGUACAAACUGUCCUUGCAUGAUUUUUUAUUCUAUUGUAGUAGCAACGAGCUUGCUUUUCUUCUUCGCUGAUAUGCAUGUAAUCUGUUUAUUUUGAAAACGGAGCUAAACAUAUAGAGAAGACUUAGGUUUUUAAUGAAUACUGUGCUUUUAAAAUUUCUGUGAUAUUGUAAUGCAGUACUUUAUGAUUCACAUUCAUCCAGGAUUUAACAGAAACCUGAAUUGUUAAGAAACUGAAGUUACUAAGUUUCUCAUGUACUUGAAAUAAUUUACCUUAAAUUACUAUGUAGAGAAAUAGAGUAUCUCCACCCAUGUUCACAUGCUUUCCAUUUCAGUUUAUGUUCUCUUAAAUAAUUAUACUGUGUGUGUGUGUGUGUGUGUGUGUGUGUGUGGCUGUCUGUCUGUCUGUGUGCUUGUCUUUUUGUCUGCUGGCCUACAAUGAGAUAGUACAAAUGUGAACAGUUUGUCUUUAUGGGAGGGACCUGGGUGUUGAGCACUGUUUUUGGCUUUGUGAGCUAGCAUCUGUGUGCUCCAGAGAUAGUCCUCUGUUUUGAGAGCAAGAGACCAAGUGUCCUGAGUUCCAUGUGGUAACCUCUUCAGCUGAUUUCCCUCUUCAGUGGGAAUUACUGCUGGGCUUUGAAGGGAGUCUUGUCUAAUACACUCCACUGGGAAAGGGCUGCCUGUGACCGAGAGCCUGACUGUGGGAGGCUGAGCAGUGCACCAAGUAGAAAGAUGGUUGCAUAGUGGGAAAAAUUAGGAAAUUCUCAUCAUUUCUUUCCAUAAGGCAGGCAAACAGAGAUGUCCUUAGAAGAAGGGGGAGUACAUGAGCAUGCUUUAUUAACAGUUAAUGGAAGAAAAUUAAUGCUAAUUUAUUCUUCAUACACACCAUGCAGUUUGUUAGAAAAGUAAAAGAAUAGUUUGAAAUUCUUUGGUCAAUUGAAGGAUUCAUGUUUUAGGUGCAUAGAAAUGAAACUCAACAUUAAGCAGACAAAUACUCAGGCCUACAGGCUACAUAAAUGCUGAAUAAAACCAGCUCCACAAUGGAACUCUGAAAAGCAAUGGGUAAGAAGCCUAAUGAAUGACUGAAUAUGACCUUAGCAAAAUCCCUGGAGUGUUGUUGAAAGAUCAUUCAUUUCCAGCUUAGACGUCAAGAUGGGCUCCAGUAACCUGGAAAAAAAAAGUGAAAAAAAGGGAAGAAAAAAAAAAAGAGCCUGAGUCAGUAUUUACUGAGUUUUGAAAA